CCCCACAACCCAUUUGUGGUUUCCUGUGCCUGCUCCCAGCCAUGGCAAGUGAGAAUUCUCCUCUAUUGGCCUACCGGCUCCUGGGAGAGGAGGGGGUUACCUUUCCUACAAAUGGGGCAGGGAGCCCUGGAGGGGCGUCUGCUCAGAAGCUCUCCACCUUCCUGGGUGUGGUGGUGCCCACCGUCCUGUCCAUGUUUAGUAUAGUUGUCUUCAUGAGGAUUGGGUUUGUGGUGGGCCAUGCUGGGCUGCUGCAGGCCCUGGCCAUGCUCCUGGUUGCCUACUUCAUCUUGGCGCUCACCGUCCUUUCUGUCUGUGCCAUCGCCACCAAUGGAGCUGUGAGGGGGGGCGGAGCCUACUUCAUGAUCAGUCGGACCCUGGGGCCUGAGGUUGGGGGCAGCAUCGGCCUCAUGUUCUACCUGGCUAACGUCUGUGGCUGUGCUGUCUACGUGCUAGGACUGGUGGAGGCCGUGCUGGAUGUCUUCGGGACUGAUGUGACAGGGCCCAGUGGUCUUCACGUCCUGCCCCAAGGCUAUGGCUGGAACCUUCUCUAUGGCUCUCUGUUGCUGGGCCUGGUGGGCGGGGUCUGCACCCUGGGAGCUGGGCUCUAUGCCCGAGCCUCCUUCCUUACGUUCUUGUUGGUCUCCGGCUCCCUGGCCUUGGUGCUGGUCAGCUUUGUGGCUGUGGGGCCCAAGGACAUUGUCUUGACUCCUCGGCAGGGCCCCAAUGGUUCCUCCCUGCCCCCCCAGGUCGGCCACUUCACUGGUUUCAAUAGCAGCACCCUGAAAACCAACUUGGCUGCUGGCUACGCCCAGGACUACACUACCGGGGCCAUGAUGACCUUUGCCAGUGUCUUUGCUGUCCUCUUUAAUGGCUGCACGGGUAUCAUGGCAGGGGCCAAUAUGUCAGGGGAGCUGAAGGACCCCAGCCGUGCCAUCCCCCUGGGGACUAUCAUCGCUGUGGCUUACACCUUCCUCAUCUAUGGCCUGCUCUUCUUCUUCUCCAGCUUUACCUGUGACAGGACCCUGCUGCAGGAAGACUAUGGGUUCUUCAGUGCCAUCAGCCUGUGGCCCCCACUGGUGUUGAUCGGCGUCUACGCCACGUCACUCUCUGCUUCCAUGAGCUCACUCAUCGGCGCCUCUCGCAUCCUCCACGCCCUGGCCCAGGACGACCUCUUUGGAGUGAUCUUGGCACCAGCAAAGAUUGUGUCCAGAGGAGGAAACCCCUGGGGAGCCGUGCUGUAUUCUUGGGCCCUAGUGCAGCUGGUGCUCCUGGCUGGGAAGUUGAACACACUGGCCGCUGUGGUCACCGUCUUCUACUUGGUGGCCUAUGCCGCAGUGGACCUGUCCUGUCUGAGCCUGGAGUGGGCCUCAGCCCCCAACUUCCGCCCCACCUUCAACCUGUUCUCCUGGCACACCUGCUUGCUGGGGGUAGCCUCCUGUUUGCUCAUGAUGUUUCUCAUCAGCCCCGGGGCUGCCAGCGGCUCUCUGCUUCUCAUGGGCCUGCUUUCCGCCCUGCUCACAGCUCGAGGAGGCCCCAGCAGCUGGGGCUAUGUCAGCCAGGCCUUGCUUUUCCACCAGGUGCGCAAGUACCUGCUCCGGCUGGACGUCCGGAAGGAGCACGUGAAGUUCUGGCGGCCUCAGCUGCUGCUGCUGGUGGGGAACCCCCGGGGGGCCCUGCCUUUGUUGCGGUUGGCCAACCAGCUCAAGAAGGGGGGCCUGUAUGUGCUGGGUCAUGUCACCUUGGGCGACCUUGAUUACCUGCCCUCGGACCCUGUGCAGCCACAGUAUGGGGCCUGGCUGAGCCUGGUGGACCGUGCUCAAGUGAAGGCCUUUGUGGGCCUUACCCUUUCCCCCUCUGUGCGCCAGGGGGCUCAGCACCUGCUGCGCAUCUCAGGCCUUGGUGGCAUGAAGCCCAACACCUUGGUCCUGGGUUUCUAUGAUGAUGCUUCACCCCAGGACCAUUUCCUGACAGACCCAGCUUUCUCGGAAUCUGCAGACGGCACUGGGGAGGGGGGGUCCCCAUCCCUGAGCACCUUGUUCCCUCCCCCUCGGGCUCCUGGGAGCCCCCGGGCUCUCAGUCCCCAGGACUAUGUGGCCACCAUGGCGGAUGCCCUUAAGAUGAACAAGAACGUGGUUCUCGCCAGGGCCUGUGGGUCCUUGCCCCCUGAACGGCUAAGCCGGGUAUCUGGGGGCACUUCUCAGCCACACCAUGUGGACGUGUGGCCCCUCAACUUGCUACGGCCUCGGGGCGGGCCUGGCUAUGUGGAUGUCUGUGGUCUUUUCCUGCUGCAGAUGGCAACCAUCUUGAGCAUGGUGCCUGCCUGGCACAGUGCUCGGCUCCGGAUCUUCCUGUGCUUGGGGCCUCAGGAGGCCCCCGGGGCAGCUGAGGGGCGGCUCCGGGCACUGCUGAGCCAGCUGAGGAUCCGAGCUGAGGUGCAGGAGGUAGUGUGGGGCGAGGGCACUGGGGCCAGGGAGCUGGAGGAGGACUUUGAGAAUAGUGGGCGGGGAGACGCUGAGGUCGAGGCCCUGGCAUGCAGUGCCAACGCCCUGGUUCGAGCCCAGCAGGGGCACAGUCGAGGGGAAGGGCCUGGUGGGCCCGAAGGUGGGGAUGGGGAGGAGGGACCUGCCACCGCUCUGACCUUCCUCUACCUGCCUCGGCCCCCCGCUGACUCUGCCCGCUACUCUCACUACCUGACGCUGCUGGAGCUCCUGAGCCGCGACUUGGGUCCCACGCUGCUCAUUCAUGGUGUCACCCCUGUCACUUGCACUGAUCUCUGA